UUGCAUCAAUUUGGUUAGCAGCAGCCUUGUCUGAAGCUUGGGCGGUCAGACAGUCAGAGCAGGAGAGAGCAGGAGGUUAGCUGCAGCCAUCAUAGGGAGGGAGUAGCUCAACCCAUAAACAGAAAUAUCAGAGCUGCACAGACACAUAGUUUUGCAUCUGCCAUUUUCUGAAGCUGUGCAAGACUAGAUGCGGGCAGAGACGUGAAUCAGUGCAUAGAGACUGCCUUGUUUCAGCACCUUGGACAGAGCACCCAGCAAAAUGGCUCCAGUCAGUAGCAGCACUGAAGCUUUUGAUGAAAUCCCUUCAAUGGUUGGACUCAUAAGUGCAUUUGGCCUUGUAUUCACAGUGUCUCUAUUUUCCUGGAUCUGCUGCCAGCGUAAAUCAACAAAAUCUAACAAAACCCCUCCAUAUAAGUUUGUUCAUGUGUUAAAGGGUGUUGAUAUAUAUCCAGAAAAUUUAAACAGCAAAAAGAAAUUUGGUGCCGAUGAAAAAACAGAGUUGUCUCCUAAAUCAUUAGUCUCAAAAUCAUCUCUACAUCUUGAUCUUGAGAAAAGAGACUUAAAUGGAAAUUUCCCUAAAGCAAACAAAGUUAGAAGUUCUCCAGAUCUUGAGGAUUUUUCACAACCUCAAAUACCAGAAAAUGAGAAAGAAUCUAUAUCUCCAGAGAGCAUCAAGUCCAGCACAUCCUUGUCAUCUGUGGACAGGCAAGAUAAGCUUGGAACUCUCUUCUUCUCAGUAGAGUAUAACUUUGAGAAGAAAGCCUUUGUGGUUAAUAUAAAAGAAGCCAGAUCCCUUCCAGCAAUGGAUGAACAAUCCAUGACAUCUGAUCCAUAUAUAAAAAUGACCAUCCUUCCUGAGAAAAAGCAUAAGGUCAAAACUAGAGUACUCAGGAAAACCCUUGAUCCAGCUUUUGAUGAGACCUUCACAUUUUAUGGAAUUCCCUACAGUCAGGUCCAAGACUUAGUCCUACACUUUAUAAUCCUUAGCUUUGACAGAUUCUCAAGGGAUGAUGUUAUUGGAGAAGUCCAUUUUCCUCUCUCUGGAAUCGAAUUGUCUGAUGGAAGGAUAUUGUUGAACCGGGAAAUAAACAAAAGGAAUAUCCGGAAAUCAGCUGGACGUGGAGAAUUGCUGAUCUCUCUCUGCUACCAGUCUACAACAAACACUUUAACUGUGGUUGUUCUAAAGGCUCGGCAUUUACCAAAAGCUGACAUAUCAGGAUUAUCAGAUCCUUAUGUGAAAGUGAAUCUUUAUCAUGCUAAGAAAAGGAUUUCCAAAAAGAAAACUCAUGUCAAGAAAUGCACUCCAAACGCUGUAUUUAAUGAACUCUUUGUGUUUGAUAUACCAUGCGAAGGUCUAGAAGACAUAAGUGUUGAGUUUCUUGUGAUGGAUUCAGACAGGGGCUCCAGAAAUGAGAUUAUUGGGCGGUUAAUUCUUGGAGCUUCUGCAGAUGGAACAGGUGGAGAGCACUGGAAGGAGAUCUGUGAACACCCUCGGAGACAAAUUGCCAAAUGGCACAUGCUUUGUGAUGGUUAGAAUCCUAGACAUGAUUGGACUUUAAAUAUAUCCCCAAAUCCUAUUUCUUUGCAGUGUAAUAUAAGACGCUUCAAAAUACAAUUUUUUUUCUGUUAUUUCUUUUCUUUUGUGAACAAUGAUUUAGGAAAAAAGUUGGAAAAACUCAAAACAAAGAUAACAUAAUGAUGUUACCUUUAUAUUUGUAUAUGAGGAUUGCACAGUGCAUACAUACUGUGUAUAAUCAAUUCCACUAAAUGCAGUGGAAUACAUUAAACUAUGUUCAUACUCUUACAAAGCUCCCCAAAUGUCAUGGGCAAUGACUUUGUUAUUGUUCAUAAUAUUGAGUGUUCCAAUGAAGCUUUAAUCUGUCAUGUAAACCCACUUUCAUAACAUUUAAAACAUAUUCCAAAAAAUGAAAAAGAAAGGGAAUGACUCAUUGGGAACAACUUGAUUUACUUGCAUCUCAUGCUUUGUUGUUCUUCUUGUGAGUUGCUGUAAAAACAAUCUGCUGUUUGAAAUUGUGAUUCUAUUAAAUUAAACAUUUAAUCAAAUGCAGAAGACAAAACACAAAGUUAUGAAAGGACUCUGAGAACAGUAUUGUGUUCAGUUACUAAUAUGUCUAAAGCAUGCUUGUAUGUGUGUAAGGAGUGAAUCCACUGGACAUUGAAAGUGAGAUUCAGGCCAUGAACUCGGGUUCUGAAAAACUCCAUGUUAAAGGAAUUGAGGUUAUAUAUGCAGAACAUCUACUAAAAUUUUAAAUUAAAUUCCAAAGCCAUUCUCAGAACAGAUGAGAAUAUUCCAGAUAUAGCAACAAAAUAUUAAAUUCAGGAUUGAAGUACGGUAAUGCAAUGGUAACAGAUGUUUAGGUACAUGUUAAAGAUCAGGUUGCAACUUAGAAAUCAGGAACAUAGCUCAAGAGAAGGUAUGUAAUUUUACUGUGAACAAAAAAUUAAAUUCAUGACUGUUCUAAUCAGAAAAUAACUGCUAAUAGAUGAUAACUACAGAGUCAGACCCAUUUCAACAUUUUGUAAUUUUUACAAUAAAGUCAACUUUAGUCACAAUAUUCAAUGAUACACAAAUUGAAUUGGAAGGACAUCAUAAUAAAAAGUGAGAAAAAAGCUUGAACAUGUUUUUUCCACAUAAAUUACUAUACCUAUAUGGGUACACGUGUAAUAACACGUGGAAAAUUGUCCAAAAAGCAUUGCAUAUUCACUACUUCAUUAUAAUUCUCUUGGCCCAUAAAUUGAUGAGGGGCAUUGUGGAGUAAAGAUGAAAUACAAAAAAGGUCUUCAUUCUUGCCAAAAAAAAUAAAAAAUCAAGAUUCUAAAAUAUACUAUUAACUGUAUUUGAAUAUGUUUAUCUUGGGGAUGUGAGAUGGUAUUGAUAUAUGGAAUAUAAAUGACUCAUACAUUCGGAUAUUUAUGAGACCCAAAUCUUUCAGAAUUUCUUGAAGACGAUUUGUUUUCUGGUCACGAAACAUAUUUUAUACCUUUGUGAAAAUACAGAUUAACUAAUAGAAGACUUUGGAAAGAGACAUGAAAAUUAAAUUUGUUAUAUAUAAAAAAAAAAAAAUACAACACAGAGAUAUUAAGAGGCUUCCUAUUUAAAAUAUUGUCUCAUGAAAAGUUAUUACUUGCUUACAGCUAUAACAAACUAUAUCAGUUUGGAAGGGAAAGUGAUAUCGAAGAAGCUAUAUGCCUGAAUAUAUUAAUUUAGAAGAAUAAAACGAGCAAGACCAGGUGAUGAAGAUCUAUCAUGCAAUUAUGGAUAAAUUGAGCAAGAACAAGACAAGUGUCCAAUCUGGCAUCCUAUAUAACUUUAAUUAAGUAGCUUUCUAAAUACACUGUGAAAAUAUGGGACACAACAGAUGCAUUACCAAACCCUUUUGAACACAAAAUUGUUUAACAUUCUUAGCGGUUGUGGUUGUGACUGCCUGCAUUGCAGUCUAUAAGUGUACUGGUGUCUAUAGAAUAUAGGUUUAAGAGACUCUUCUGAAGACCUUCACAUAAACAAGUGUUUAAUGUUUCUACUCUGUGAAGAUUCUAAAACAAGUGACAAAUGAAUUCACAGUUAUGGGCUGACAUGUUUUUUUAAGCACGCAGAAAUAGUUGUGCUUAUCAUUUUACGUUUUACCAAGCCUUUAGCCUUCUCAUUUCCAUCCAUAAGAUGCCUUUAGGCAAAGACUGCAUCUGUUUUUUUUCAGGAUACCUUUUAGGUUUAUCUUAAUGCUACCAUUAUUUUUAAAUAGAGCAGUGAAUAGUUAUAACUGAGCCUGACACCUACAAUGUUAACUAAGAGUAACUGAGUGUGUAAAGAAGUGCAACAAAAUGAGACAGGUCAGAUAAGAACCUUCCUCCAACUAGGAUCAGAUAAAAAAAAAAAAAAGGAAUUGUAGAGGAAAAGCCUUGUGAAAAUGCCAUAUUUUGUGAUCUUAUAUACACUAUCAUGUUGAUAGGUAGAAAUGGCCAUUUGAUUAUUAAUUACUUUUUGGCAGUUAGACAAUACCUUGAAACAUUAUUAUAGAACUAUAUCAGUCAGUUCAGUCUUGUUACAUUCUGAAUAUAUAGAUCUGUUUAAGACAGUGGGAACAUAAAGAGAUCCUUGUUGUAUUCUAUAUAAAACUAUUCUUAAAAAAGCAGAAAAAUAAAUCAUGUGAAAAGAUUAGUGCACUUGACAAAUAACAAAAACUAUUACCUUGAAAACUGCAACAUAUUUGUCAUUUUACAAUUGCACUUUUUGUCCUAGCAUUUGGUACUUGUGUAUAAUAUAUUUUUUAUUACUUUAUGUAUUUCUCUAUAAAAGCAAGAUUGUAAUAUAUCAGAGAUAACAUUUUGUUCAUGGUUUCAUGUUUACAAAGACAUUUCUUUUUAAUUACGCACACGUGAAACAAAGUUAUUUAAUCUUCUGUUGGUAUAUUAAAAAUUAGUUUAAGAUAUUGCAACAUAAAGCAAACUGUAAAUAUUUUUAGGCUUGGUGAUGUGCCACAAAGAUAAUUUUCUGGAUUAUUGAUUUACUAAGCAAAUAAAAUGAAGAUAUCUAAUGUAUACUCUUUAACUGUUCUAAGUACUAUACCCUCUACAGCACAUUGUACAGGUUAUGGUGCUGCAGUCUGACAAAAAAGGGUGCGUUCCUGGUGUCUAUGCAUAGCCCUUUGCCUGCUUGUCUGUUAAAGUGGAAGUGAAUUUUGAGAUUAUCCAGUCCAGCUUUAGUCUGCAAUGACAGUCUGAAAGCACCUGGCUAAACCCACUUCCAAAUGGAGCUGUCAAAAAAUAUUCAUAAAUCUAUAGAUUAGUUGUUUUGUUUUUAACUGAAGAAAUAUCUCAGGAUAAUUCCCAUUGACCUUAAAUUUCAAAGCUCAAUGAUUAUCCUCUGGGACUCUGCAUAGGACAUGUUGUUUCUUCUGGUCCCAGAGGAUAAUUAUAUUGUUAUAAACUUAGGUUAUACCCUGAUCUAUUCAAAUUGUGACUGACGUCCUCCAAAUCACAUCCUUCCUGCUAUUAUCUAGGGCAAAGUUAUGCCCUGGUCACCCCAAAUGAGGAAUGAACAUAAAUAUUGGAAACAGUUAGCAUAAAUUUGGUAGAUAAUGAGACAAUUUAGAUAAUGAAUUAUCAAUGUGCACUAGAUUUACUAUUUUUGAUAAUCUAUCAUAUCUGAAUGAGGUAUAGGGAAGCUAAAUGUUUAUAAAAAAAAAAAAUAGCUCAAAUACUACAGGAAUGCAAUCGCAAAUAAUUCCAGAGUGACAUGCCAAUAUAAAAAAAAAUGCUAAGCAUUAUGGGAAAUAAAAUACUACAGUGGAUGGGAUCUACUAUUUGGAAGCCACUAUUGUAAAUAUUAAGGAUUAGUUAGGAAUCCCUUUACAUUAAUGUACAUUAAAGAGAAAUGUAGGUAGAGGGAGGUUCAUUGGAAUGGUGUCAUGGGGACAGCACAUUCUUUGGCACUCUGGGAUGGAUAGUAAGGGAUGUGUAGUAAUAUGCUAAGAUAAAGGCAUCCCUCAGCAUAAAAAAUAAUUUGAAUAAUGGUAAAAUUUAUAAUUCUUGCCAGGGAACUGUACAUUCACAUGUAUGGGUAGUUAUGUUUAUUGUAUUAUUAUUCAAUGCUAUGGAACUUGGCACUCUUCAUCAUGGUGCCCAUUGUGUCCAUUGGAUCCCCAGUGAUCAUAUUUUAACAUUUUAACUUGCUGUGCAUGUUUAAUAGAAGUAGAGGUCCAUAAGGCAGGACCUUCUAUGGGCAUAGGGUAAGUCAUCUGCAGCUGAAUUAUAAUUAUUUGUAAUUCCCCAACCAAUCACAUGAGAUAGGUGAAGGAACAGGUGGGCAGCUGUGGAUUCUGAUCUACUCAAUAAAAUUUUAAACUCUGGCACAGCGUUUGGGGGGUAACUAAUACGUAAUAUUUCCCAUAACAGUGCACAGGGUUUGUAGAUUUGGAAGGAUCCGAUCAUUCAAUAAUGUUUCCAUUUAUAGGUCCCUCCAGGGUAAUUGGGGUCUGGAGCCUUGUGUUGUUUAUUUUUAUUAUGCACUAUUUGCUCACAGACGUCUUGAACAGUUUGGAGGAUAUUUGUAAAUUAUUGGAGUUUGGUAAAUCUCCGAAUGCAUACUAUGUGUGACCAUUUGUUUUUCAAUUUAUUAGCAGAUUACUCAGAGCAUUGUGAGUAUAUACUAUAGUGUGUCUUUGACUCAUUGAUUGUGUUUGGUGUAUAUACAAAUAGUAGUCCAAUAGAAAAUGUGUGAAUUGCCACCAACUAUUGUUAAACCAGAGUUUGUUUGGAUUUCCAAAAAUAAGAUAGGAAAAGCAUAUUAUACUUGUACUUGGCCUAUAUCAAUAUAAGAUAUUAUGUCAUAGAAUUUGCAAAAUAUAAUGUGCAUCAAUAUCAUUAUAUUUUUACUUUGCUUUUACUUUCACUAACAGGCACUACUUUAAAACAUAAUUUGAUACAGUACGCAAGUAAUGUUUUUAGUCCCAUAUUAAGUACAUUAUCGUGCAUUUUGUUGGUGAAAAUGAUUGAAAGAGCACAAGUGAAUAAAUAUGCCUUUACGGAUGUUUGAUCUACUGUUCAGAUGCAGGUGUUUACUGUUCAAGUGGUAUGUGAAACAAUCUGUUUGACUAUAACCAGAUGCAUUUAUAUGUUCUAACAAUUAAAUACAAAACGGGUGUUUUGCAUGUAAUCAGUGGGUUGGGAGGAAUGUACACUGUUGUUUGUUGCAAUCUAUUUAUUAAAAAGCUAUUCAUUUCAACCAUU